AGGGAGAGGGGGAGAGGGGGAGCGGAGAGGGGGAGAGCAGCCACAGGAGGGACGGAAACAACGAAAAUCGUCACCAAAAUUGGCAGCAAAUAGUUCGGAUUUUGUGUUGUAAAAUAUCUGGAGGAAGAAUUAAUUAAUCGAGAGGCGUCGCUUUGAGCUUUGACACUUUGAAAGGAGGUCGCGCUGCUGCACGGAUCGAGUGUCUGUUUUGUUUGCUAAAUUGUUAAAGUUUUUGUGUGUGUGUGUGUGCGCUCUGAGAGCCGCGGCGCUGUGGAGCGGUCCCCGGAGUCAUGGCUCAGCACAGCGCGUGUGGAAAGGGAACAGCGAGACACUGAAACUGACACGAAACUGAUCAGCAGCUCCGGGAGUGCGGCGGCAGCCGAGUCAGUGCCACAGCGAUGAUGGUUACGCGGGUGUACGUUGCCCUGACAGUACUGAAUCUCCUUCUGGCACAAGAAUUCACAGGUGACACCAACUGUCUGACAGCCGCAAAUCUGUGCUUCGAGGACCCGAGCUGCAGCACGAAUUUCCGAACACUACAGCAAUGCCUGACCGGCAAUGGGGUCCAGCGCCUGGAGCACGAUGCUAGAAACGAGUGCAUGAACACUGUUCUUGCACUCCAGUCAAGCCCACUCUCUGUCUGCAAGUGCAAAAAGGGCAUGAAGAAGGAGAAGAGAUGCCUGAGGAUAUACUGGACCAUGCACCAAAGCCAAGUCCCAGGCUACAAUGAUUUUGAAGCAUCACCCUAUGAAUAUUCAACGGCUGGACCAUCCUGGGGCCUGGACUUUGGGAGACUCGCUGCCUUGGUUUCAGAAGCCUCGGAGACUCACCUGACCACCAGAGUGAACCACUGCUUGGACGCUGCUAAAGUGUGCAACGUGGAUGAGACUUGCAAGCAUUUCCGCACUGAGUAUGCCAAAUUCUGCAUGAAGCCUUCCUCAAGAUUCGGCUGCAACAAGAGCAAGUGCCACAAAUGUUUGCGCAGAUUUUUUGACCGGGUGCCAGUGGAGUACAGCUACACGGCUCUCUUCUGCCCCUGUGAGGACAGCGUAUGCGCUGAGCGACGACGACAGACCAUCGUCCCUGCCUGCUCCUUUGAAGAGCCAGAGAAGCAGAACUGCUUGAGUCUGCAGGAGGCAUGCAACAAAGAUGUGGUUUGCAGAUCCCGUCUAGCAGACUUCCAGACCAGCUGCCAACCAUCCAAGAAGUCUGUGAGCUUCUGCUUCCGGGAGAGCUACGCUACCUGCCUGCAGUCCUACACUGGCCUCAUUGGUACCAUCUUAACGCCAAACUACGUAAGUAACACAAGCUUGGACACCUCCAUUUGGUGCUCAUGUACCAACAGUGGCAACCAGCACGAAGAGUGUGAGAACUUUUUGAACUUCUUCACAAACAACAGUUGCCUCAAAAACUCCAUUCAUGCCUACUCCAAUUCAUCAUUCAGUAGCCUGUUGUCUUUGCUGACAACGACUCAACGCUUUCCCUUCAACAUCCCGAACAAGGAAGGGUCAAAUAAUGAUGCUGGUAUGUUAUUCACGCUGGAAACCGAAGAGGACUGCGAGCAUGGAAGCCAAAAACAGGUUUCUCAAGGGAAAGAGCUACUUGAAAAAAUAAUUGAUUGCAAGGUCAAUUCUGGAACUAACGGCCAGAGCCUCUCUGCAACGAGACCCUUCACCAUCACAUCACUCUACACCUUCAUGGCCAUUGUAGCCAAUGUUAUUUGAAAGGAAGUAAGCAAGACUGUUUCAACAGAAAAGGAAGAGCCUGACAUUUUUCUUGUUCGUGAGUCCCCUCUCAACUGUGAUUUGUUUGAAAAAGAAAAAAAAACUGCCACAAUGCUAUAACGUGGACUGGGAAAAGGUUUUGAGAGAGAUCCAACCAAUUUGCCAUUGUGUUAAAACAGUAACUGGAAGUAUAGUGCAGUUUGCUCCUUAAUUAGUAUAACUCCUUUAAUGUGAUUUGCUAAAGUAUAUACAGUACAAGCCAAAACCCCGUUUUAUUCAUUCCCUUCAAAGCCAAUAUGAAUGUAGUAAUGGUUUGGUUAAGUGCAUGGGUUUCAACAACAUUGAACACUUAUCUCCUUCACUUAAGCCAGAAGUGUGGAAAGAACAGGAUAGCUCAACCCAGAUCUUUUAAGUCUUGUCCCAUUCUGUGAGCCCAAUAUUUUUAAGGUCUCUUCCUCAAGAGUGUCCCCAUUCUUUGACUAUUAAACAUUCAGGGGCCCAAACACACAAUAAUCCUAGAAUGUGGGAAGGGGAGUGUUUCACACGCAGAAUCCUUGCUGGGAUUAACUCAUUUUAUGUUCGAAUUAUUUAUGCCCCGCUGAGAAUAGCUUUAUUUUUUAGAAGAUGAUUGCUCUUAGAAUCCAAAGAUUGCAUGCUUUAAAAGGACAGAUAGGGAAAUGUCCUGAGGCACUGUGCACACCUAGGACUAUCUGUGUUCCCACACUUUGUGGUCGAGUGUUUGAGAUCCCUUCUGAUGCUGUGCUUCUCCCUCACUGACAACCGACCCGCAUGACCAUCAAAUGAUCAAAUUAAAUAAAAUGGCAUUACUGGAUAAUUCCUUUUGGGGUUGAGCUUAUGAAUGAUGAUCACAUUAAGCCUUGUCUAAUGCUGGAUAAACGUGCUGAGUCCCACCAGUUCUGUGUGUUAUAAUUAAAGCAGAGGGAUGCAGUUCAGUAGAGUUCAUCACCACAUACUCUUGCCCUAUGCAUUGGCUCCAAUGUAAACCCAGUAUCACAGCCGCAACAUGCAUUGUUGCGCAUACUCCAGUCUAAUGCUGUAAUCAUGUUAUAUACUUAUGAAAUAGUGGUAUUUUCCGCAAUCUGUUGUUUUUCUUGAAAAGGAAUCAUCCAAUGGGACCUUCAGUUGCUGUACCUCAAAGUUGGUGAUAGCCUUUUGAAUGUCCUUGUUAAUAUGCCCCCGCUCUCUGUUCCCCCUCCCCCACCACCCAUUCUAUGAUGCUGUCACUCUGCAGUGAUACCUGAAAAACACUGCCCCCCCAAAAAAAAAAAUUCACCCGCUAGAAAAUUGAUGUGCUACUUGGGAAGGUGAUAAUGUUACUGGAGUCUUGCGAUAGGAAACAGUAAGUUGCCUUGUGAACUGCAUUUUCUGUGGGGAAGCUAUAUACAUCUCACUGGCUCACAACAACUCAGCUUUUAAUCUCAGGCUGAUGCCAAGUUUUUUUAGUAUAGUGAGGGGGGAGAGGAGGGGUUUGUGCUUUAGAAAACACUUUUUUUGGCACCGAGAAAUCAUUUCCUGAGAUGCACUUUUUCAACCCCAAUGGCACUAAAAUCUAUUUACAAAGAACAUUUGCCAUAAUAAAUAUGUUAUCAGUGUUAAAAGAUUAAAUGGAUAUAAAACACCAGUCCCGACAUCAGGUAAGAUUCAAAAUUCACACUGUUUAGGUAUGUGAGGUCACCCAACGCUCUUAUUUGGAGUACGGUCUUGUAAUGUACUGAUAAUGUGAUGUAAUAGUACACGUACUCUAAUUAUGAAAUAGAUAUAGCCUCAAAUUGCCCUGAUCAAAAAUUUACAAUAAACCGAGCUAGUGACGUGAUGCUGAGUCAUUUAUCUAUUGUUUGAAGCUAGGUCUGUGCUGACUUAUCUCAUCUUAGCUGGGAUGGCAUUUGUGUAUAUUGUAAUUGGUAUCAGUGUUCCUGAGUUGAGGAGGAGAAAAUAAUUAGAACAAUAAUUCGUCACUAACCAAUGACACCUGUUGGAAAGCUUGUACGUGUCUGUGGAAUAAGUUGAGGAUUGCCCUUGAUUGUGAUAUUCUUACUAAGUCGGAACAGCCUGCCAACACUCACUGUUUUAAGCGCUCAUGUGAGGAACGACUACUUGGGCCAGGUACCAGAAAAUUGUCAGUGUCGAUGGAAACAUGCCCCAGUGUGAGUCAGCUCCUUCAGGUAAGGAAGUGA